AUGGCGAGUCAGAAUACUAAACAGCAAUACCAAGCCAAGCUGGCCCCAUCUGUUAGUGGAGAACCAACAAGUGGGGGCCCAUCUAGUUCACCACCUGAUCGAAAUCUGGAUUCCCGGGAGGUUUUGGACAGGCAAGAGGACCAAGCCGUGAGCCAAGACUCAGGUUCCCAAGGUAACCCACCACCAGCAGACCAACAACAAUGCACAGACAGCAUGGAACACAACUACCACCGUUUUAGGCUUUCGUUCCCAAGAAAGAGUUGGAUGAUGGCGGAGGAAGGCACAUUCCAGUCUGUCAAAUGGAAUGACAGUAGAGAUGCUGUGAUAAUCAAGAAGGAUCUCUUCCAGAGGGACAUUCUCCAAAGAAAAGGAGCCGAGAAGAUCUUCAAAACAGAUAGCUUGAAGAGUUUCACUUGCCAACUAAACCUGUACAGUUUUUCUACAAUAUGCCCAACCACCUCUCCAAGAGACAAGAAUUUGAUGGUAAAGUAGAACUCCAAUUUUCAGAGAGACAAGCCCUGGCUUCUGCUGAAUAUUCGAAGUAAAGGUAACCGCACCCAUGCCACUCAGCAAGCGACCAAUGUCCCAGCUCCAAAGAGGGCGAAGCUGGUCGUUCACAGCGACGCCAGAAAUACGGCCAUGGAAAUGUCCCAUGGGGGAACUGCAAAUGUUCAGGGACCCAGCGGCACCCAGACCUUCGAAUAUCCUAAUAUACGGUCCAGGAAUUCUGUCACUCAGCAUACUCCGGGACAUGGGCCCCCUCAGGAACCAAAUGACCCAUAUUGGGAGGGCACUUCUGGAAACAUCAUAUUUGGAUCUUCGGCUACUGCCGGGAUGGAAAGCACAAGGGAAGUGCCUAGUAGCCCGGUUUAACAAGAUAAUAGUAGUACAAGGUCUUUGUACAAUGCCCAUUACUCCACUCUGUUGGUUUUUAUAUUGGUGUGUGUUAUCCUUAUGAUGACAUUUAUUAUUAUCAUUCUCAUGAAGACCUCUUGCUCUAAAUAAAGAAA